AUUUCGCAGAGAUUCCAAAAGUAAUUAAACAGUCGAUUGUCCAUCACAUCGAUGCAUCUCAAUAUUCAAUGGGACAGUCUUUAACGUCUAUAACAUGUCGAAGAUGGCUCUUUAUGGUGUAUCUCGCGGAGGAAAUUAAUUUCACGAAAUUAAUUAAACAGUCAAUUAUCCGUUGUAUCGAUACGUCCCGAUAUUCAAUGGGACAAUUUUUGACAUUUGUUGUACGCUUAAGAUACCUAUCCAUACUAUGUACUAUUUUUUUCCCCAAAUAUUCGCAACGACUGUCUUCUAUUUUUUUUAUAUAUGCACUUUCAAGGUGAUUUCAAAUUGUACCAAUGUGGUCAGAAUGGUCGUGUCUCGUUAUAAAAACGAACAAAAUUGCGAAAAGUCACGUGUAAGGGGCACACAGGGAGGGUAUAGGAGGCGUUCGUGCGUUCUUUAAAACAGAAUAACUUUUUGAAAAUUGGGCCAAACGACUCGUUUUUUUUUUCACGAGUUAAAAGAAUUGGAAAGAUCAACAAUAGGCGACGUGUAAAGAAAUGUUGAAAGAAGUACAAUUAGUCUGACUCGCGAAGAAGAAAGUAAAGGUAGCUUUUCACAACUUUUUUAGCCGGCCCUGUAACGAAGAUUUAAAUAACACAUUUAGAAGAUUUCUUCUCAACUCGUCGAGCAAAAUUCAAAUCGUUCGGUCCACAGUCCGAGACGAGUUAUUCCGUUCCAAAGAAGGCACGAAACGAAAGAUGUUUUUGCGACGAGUGUCGGACUAUUUUCGCUCUCGAGCAAUUGUAAGUCGAAUUUUAGUUGCGGUGUCGACAAAUCAUUGAUUCAGUGACGGUGAAUUUUCUUUUUCCUGGAUGUGACGCGGAUGCGCAGAAACUUUGACGUCAAACGUUCCCGCUGAACGAACAGGACCUUCCGGCUGUCAUGGAUAUUGAUUUUCCUUGAGCUUCGAGGUUUCUAGAGCAGCUGUGCGUACUACCCAUCCAGCGCAGACUCCGGCUAUUCUCAAUAUGGCUGUCUAUUGUGCCCAAAUCCACUCGUUUCGCGCUGCAACGCGCUCGCGGCGAUACACGAGGAUGCGAUCAAUGCGCCAGGAACAUCAGCCGAUCGCAAUUUAAACAGCCGAAUUUAUUUUCGAAUCUGACGCGCUGUACGUUGUCAACAUGGCCGAUACAUGUGCCGCUGUCACGUGCUUCCUGAUCGUCGCGUCCAUCUCCAUCGUCGUAAGCGUCAAUGGUAAGCCUCGCAUUUUACUCGCUUUGUCUGGCUGCUUAAACCUUCGCCUCUUUUUUCGCCACGAAUCAAAUUAUACUUUUGUGAAAUUAGAAAUUCGCCGAUACGCGUUGCCCAUCUUUGGUGUUCGCGAGAGAAGAAAUCGUCGAUUCUUACGACUCAUUCGUCACGCUGAUUUUCACGUCGAUACGAUCGGAAUACCAAAGUUGAUCGUCUCGACAGUGUGUUGACCAGUUAGCCGUUGCGACUAACGCGACUAAGAUGCGUUAGAAAGGAUAGAACAACUACUUCGUUCACGCUGUAUUAUAGUUUUUUCAUAACAAUUAUUUGUAUCUCUUUAUUUGCUCGUUUUACCUGGUCCUGGCUCCCCAAUAGUCGAAACGUCUUCAAAUUUACGAAUAUAUCUUGGUUUUUCACUAAAAUUGCAGUUUAGACAGCAAAAUUGUAACCGCUUUUUACGCGCGACGAGUAUACUCGUCAAAAGUAGGUAACUGGUUAAGACGGAAGAUAAUUUUCCAGGAUAGACUACGGCGGUAUUCCGUCUUUGAGAAUUUUUAAUUUGAGGAAUUUUUCUUUCAACAAGGAGUGUUUCUGUAAUGGAAGAUGGAAGUUUCUGUUUCUUCCUGCUUUUCUCUUUCUUUCUCGAGGUUUCUUUCAGUUACACUGUCCUACUUGUUUCACGAGCGAGUUGCGUUUUAGCAGCGUGUUUCGUUGAGAGAGUUUUCACUAGAUGUCUGAAGGAACGAUGUUUCGUCUAUUUAUAGCGAAGAUGUUCCUCUACACGUAGACUACGUAUAGAGGAAAGUGCACCUGUUGAAGCCUUCACUCGUAGGUGUUAGCCAUUUGUGUUACGAAUCGUGUAAACAACGAUCAUUGUACACGGUGGAUUUAAUCGAUUUUUCUUUCGUGAUAAGCUUCUCGAUGAAUUCGCAUUUCGAGUCUACUCUUUUUUACUUACCCUCUUGCCUAUAUUUCUACGAAUUAUUACAAACUAUCACAUACAUAUUUUACUUUCCUACGUAUAAAAUAAAUAAUUCAUACUGAAUACGUCUGUUUCUCUUUUUUUCUCUUAACAGGAAGAAUAUUAUAAUCAAUUUUCACAGAGAAUUUUUAACGCUAGAUCGUCCCAAAAGUGUCUUUCAUCUUAUAAGGAAAUAAUAGAUGCGCGACAUUUUUUGUUUUAUAUUAUUUUAUUGGAUUACGUUUAAUCUAUUUCAUCCUAUUGGAACCAGAUGUGAAAUAAAACAGUGCGGUAUACGUAGAAUUUUGAACUUCAUGAAAUAUACAUGGAAUAUGUUGUGGAUAUCGAAUCUGUAGUCUUGCGUAGAUCCAAUUGUCGUAUAGAUGCAAACGUAGUCGUACACCGUCUGUUUAGUCUUCGGAGAUGAUCCAAUCUGUUAAGAAGCUGAAAGUCUAGGGGAUCGGUACGAUUGGUGAAACGCGUGUGGAAGCGUUUUUCCGAACAUGGAAAUAUCGUCUAUAACUGUAGGUAUUUUUAAGCACCUGUGUAUGGUUUCGUUGAUUACCUGUCAAAGGUAGUCCGGAUAAGCAUUAAUAAUGCCUUAAACUGAAAUCGUUGAAUGUUCUCGGAAUACGUUUAAUUGAAAUAAAUUGAAUUAAAUUUUUCGUAAUUUCCAGAUACGUUUACGAUAUUUUGCUUGCCAAGUCUUACCGUGGGACGUGUCACAAGGACAGCAGGAAAAUUUGGCAAAAUAUCGUUAGAAACGCUAUACGACACAAAAAGGAAUUUACAUAGGCACGAAAAAGCUAAACAUCCGAAGAAUUCCCUUGUAAAUAAGAAACCUAAACCGAUGUUUCACCUUAUUAGACGAUUUCCUCGAUGAUAUCCCUUUCCAGAAUCUUCCUAGCGAUCCCGUCAACGAACGCGACUAAAUUUCAUCUUGCGCAUAUUGCCGAUGUAUCUGUUAAAUGUCAAGACUGAUAUCUAUUUGUUUUUACAAAAAUGUACAAAAAUCUGACGUUAACGAAAGCACGACACAUUUGUUUGAAAAAGGAAAAAAAAGGAAGAAGUAGAAGAAUCGAAACAUUAACAUCGACAAAGAGGCAACUGUUAACUACGGAACAUCGAACUCACGCAGCAUCGGAACGAGCAAACGAUUUAUGGUGUCAUCAGUGUGAUACGAUGGAAGAUGGAGAGAGAUGCGCCAAUCUGACCGGAAACUUCAGCACUUUCGGGCACAAGUGCACUGGUGACAAAAGGACCUGUAUGGUAAAGCGAUUUUCUUACACUACCAGCACGGAGGAUUCAACGUCUAGUCCGCAAACUUGGUCGGUGGAGAGAAAGUGUACUAACAAAUGCGACUCCGGAUGUAUAGUGGUCGGUGAACGAACGAAACUCUCCGCUUGCACCACUUGCUGCGAGAAAUCGUUUUGCAAUAUCGGUACCGGUGCUGCGAACGACCUGACGAUAAGGGGGAUCGAUCUGUUUCUAGCCUUAGUGUUACAAAUUACGUUAACAAUUAUCAUGCAUCCGUCCUGACAUUGCAGACGAAAUAACACUCGAUCAUGAAUCAUUUUAGUCGCCGAUGAGAAUAAUUGAUUUCAUUAGCGCGUUUAUACAUACAUUGUAACAUACACUGUAACAUUACACCACAACACGACACAUAAGAUUUAAUCGCAUUACUAAUGAAAAUGCUGUUUUCAUUUUGUAAAUAUGUACAUGGAGUUUCAUUCGUUACGUGUCUCAUAAUAAUAUUACGAUAAAUAUUGAUUAAUAAGUCAAUAAAAUUACGACGAUAUCGAUAAUACGAAGCUCAGAAAUAAGAAACUAAUAAUGAUGUUCUUGUUCUACUGUCGAUAAAUCAAAGAACAAUUGAUGAUAUAAAAAGGGGAUGUUCUUAAGAAUACGAUGCUCAUAAUUAUAAUAAUAACAAAUACAAUCAAAUCUACGAGAAUGAAAUUUAAAACACUGCUAAGUUAUUACUCGAUCGUUCAACGAACCAAUGUAAUUUUAAUUGUAAAUUUUAGAAAAAUUGUUAUAGCAAUACACUACCAAUAAAUUGUAUAAAGUAACAAGCUUUUCUAAAAAAAAAAAAGAACUGAUUAAUCUCGAUAUAAUAAUAAAUACUGUUCAUCGAUAUCCAUCUUUCCAUUAUCCUCUAUUUCAUUCCCAAGAAUGUUAAUAAGAAACAUAUUAAGUUGUCCCAAAAGUCUCCGUCUGUUUUAUAAGAAAAUAAUAGAUGCACAACAUUUUUUCUUUUAUGUUAUUUGAUUGAAUUUUCUGUGAUCCGUUUUCUACCAAUAGAACACAAUAGAUCAUAAUGUAAAGCAAAAAAUGUUGUGCAUCGAUCACUUCCUUAUAAAACGAAAGAAACUUUCGGGAAAACCUAAUGGAAUGGGAAUUUUCUCUUGGACACGUAACAUUGGAAAAUUGCACACAACUUUUAUUUAAAUUCCUUCGUACGAUCUUCGUACAAUAUUCUUUUGUUAAUUAUACCUUAACUUCCUUUUUAUUUUACUUUAAUUUUUAAGCAUCCUCCGAUUGAUUUCCAAUUAUUUUGAUUAUUUUGCAGGAAGCGAACAAUUUUAAUGAUCGGCAUAUUUUUCGAUACUCGUGAACAACAGUGUACAGCCUGGACGUUUUUGCACAUCCACAUUUCUCUCAGACGCACAAACAUCCGCAUUCCGCUUAUAAUACUAAAAUUUCGCUGGAAACAGGGAAACGUGAGAUCAGGUAUCUACUAAAUCGCUUAAACUAUAUAACUUAUACCAGCGCGUUUACAGCUGUAACCAAUUAACGUAGUUACACUGCCUAAAUGAAAGCAUUCAGCUUAUACUCGCGCUUUCUGUUCUUCCAACAGCAUCCUGGAAAUCUGCGUGUUAUCGUUUUCGCAGAAGUCAAGAGAACUUCGGUUGAACGUCGAUCCGCCGUCUCGCCAAACGGAAGAUUGCAAAGUUCUUGAAUUUCUGGAAGGUUCUAACGGGAUUUAGGGUCUUGUUCCAAUGGAAAACACAUAUUUGUUUCUACAAAUCAGUCUCAAUUAAAUUUCCACAACCGUGAAUAAAGGAAUAUGAGAUUUAUCGUGCGUUGGCGUGUAAUGAAAACUAAGGCAAAGAAUGGAAUUUGUUUUUUUUUUUUUCGUAGAAAACGAGAGACGACAUCGCCUUGUUAAGAGGAAAUAAAACCAUUCUAAGAAAGAAUAACGAUCGUCGUUAAGCGUAAUGUAAUUUCUUUCUGAAGAGACAUACUAAUCUAUCGCCCACACGUGAUGCCUCGAUGCUAAGCAUCUCUCAUUUUGCAUCUCGUUCGUUGCCAUUCAUCUGGUCGUGUGAAACGUAAAUAAGAUGGAAAGAAAUAUUUUUUGUUCCAAGAGGCAAUUAUUCAAACAACAAUUUAUCAAUGGAUAAGAAAAUCACAAAUGUUCCUCUUAAUAUCAACCAUCUUUCUCCUCUUUUUUACUCUUACUUGUCUGAAAUUCUUUAUCUCCUAAUUUCGAUUAACCAUUUUACAAAACGUAAGGUCUGUUGUCCGUUUUACGUUUUACUGUUAUGAAAUUUUGCAGUCCGUUCACGCGUAAUCUUGCAAGUAAAGUACAUUUUGCCAAGAGUAAUCAAGCGUCUGUCUACUUUUGAACAAUACUGUACCCAAGAGCUACUUACAGUGGCUACAAAAAGUAUUUCUAUAUUGUUUCUACUAUUGUGUUUAUCCCAGCAUUCGUAUGCUAAUCAAUUAUAUUAAUUGAAAGCGUAUUAAUCGUCCUCCGUCUGCAACAACCUUACCUUUACUGACAUUUACACGCUGGAUCGUUUAGGAUCAUGCAAUUUCUGUUUACGUUCUCGUGUUUCAAAAAGUGUGCUAAAAAAUUCUGGAAUACUCUUGCAAGUUUCUAGAAUAUCUUCCAAUAAUUUUCAUAUCGGUACAUGUGAAUCUUUUUAAGCGA